AUGGCAGGGCCUGGCACGCAAUGCAUCCAUUUCCUCAACACAACAGACAAGACAAGGCGUGCCGCAAACAAAGCCUGCCACAAGUGCCCCCCAGGGGAAGUGGCGGUGAAGGCCCUCACCAUGGACCACUUUGAGCUGCACCGGGGGAAGCUUCCUGACGGCUUCGUGACGGGGUGCAGCGGGGACUGCGGUUCGCUGGGGUGGAGAGUGGUGAACGGGAAGCUGGACUCUGGCAGCAACCAUGGCAAGAGUGCCUCUGUGUGGCUGUCCUACGAUGUCAGCAUGGCAGUGGACGGGCACGUUACAUUCGCCUACGACGUGGACAUACCACGGGGGGACCAGCAGAGAGGGCUCUUCUUCUACGUGGACGAUCAACUGGUGCUCAACAUUGAGGAUGACCCGGGUGCUGACUCAGCAGCGCCAGCCGGCCCGACAACCAGUGACACAUGGCCGCUGCCAGCUGGCAACCACAGCCUGAUGUGGAUCUGGGUCACGCUCAACGCUGACAAGGCGAUCGCCAGGCGGGACUCGGCUGAGAUACUGGAUAUCACCGUGUGGGGCAGCACUGUGGGGGGCGCACCUGCCUGCGUGCCCAUUCCUCCUGGGACAGCGCCUGAUCCCAAAACGCUCACCUGGAAGGCCUGGGGCACAGAGGGCGGAGAUAAAAAAGUGGGGAGCACAGAGGGAGGGCAGGGUACGGAGGGAGGGGGUGGUGGGGAGGGCAAGGAGGAGAAGCAGGGGAAGGGAAGGGCGAUGGAGUGUACUGAUGCAGAAGGCAAGCCGAUAGCAACCAUGGCAUGUCGGGUGAAUCCUCAGGUGAUGUUGGACGAGCAGCAUCGAGGGUCUCACAGUCUAGGCGACCGGUCCCCAAGCUCUGUUCUUCCCUUCUCCCCUCCUCCCUUCUCCCCUCCUCCCUUCUCCCCUCCUCUCUUCUCUCCUCCUCCUUCUCCCCUCCUCCCUUCUCCCCUCCCCGUCCCAGGCAUCGGUCACCCCUCUGUCUGGACGGAAGAAGGCAGGCGGGCAGCAUUCAACGCGUCUCUCCCUUUCCCCGUCCCCUCACAUCAUUAUUCUCGUGCUACCCAUUCCCCUGAUUCCCUCCCUCCCUCCCUCCCUCCCUCCCUCCCAGGCAUCGGCCACCCCUCCCCCUGGACAGAAGAAGGCAGGCGGGCAGCAUUCAACACGUCUCUCCCCUUCCCCGCCUGGACCAAGCGGGGGGGGGAUCUACUCCCUGUCACACAGGGGGGAGAUGAGGUGGUGCCGGGGUGUGCAUAUGAGCUGGCGUGGUACAGCGCGUAUGCAUGCCCGCUGUGCUCUGAGGAAGAUGUGGAGGAGGUUCCAGUAGCGGAUUGUCACAACAACAAGCGAGCUACGUACAAGUACAGGCAUCCAAGGGUGUGUCAACCCAACGCGCAGGCCCCUCUCCCUCCCGACCAGCUAUGCUCCCCGUGCACUGCAGACGACUACAGCAGCUUCCAGCAAAGCUGCACCGACAGCGCGGGCAACCACAACGUCUCCUACUCCUGGAACCUGCCCAAAAACUGCAGCGAGAACCUGCCCGGAGCAGUAAAACUGCCCGAAAAUGUUAUUGUUGGAGAGUGCCUGUUCGAGGUUCGAUACAUCCCGGCGAAAUACCUCGCUCCGAAAUACAUAAUAAUCACAGCGGCUGGAGCUACUGUGAUUGUGAUGCUGGCGGUGAUGUCAGUAGUAACCUGGUUACACAGCAGGAAAGUGUACUCCAUGUACUCACAGCUGGUAGCAGAGGAGGUGCAACUUGAAGCAGAACUGGCAGCCAUGGCUGAAGAGGCAGACCAGGAGAGGGAAGACAUGCUGUUCAAUCGAGACCACAGUUACCCCUCAUAA